CGAUCAAUUCUUCGAAAUAUCUACCGGAGAUGUACGUUAAUUACAUCUCUGCGUAAUUAGGAAACAAGUGAAUGAGAGAUGGUGUUUGAUAUCUGUCUGAUAUAAACUUUGUAGUGGUAUUGUGUAUGGAAAGUGACGGAGAUGUUCGGGUGGUAGUGAAUGGGCGAAUUUAGUGGCAUGUUAGAUGUUUUUAUUUAAUUGGUUUAGUGUUCGUUUUUGUUCUUAGUGAAUGUGAUAUUUAUAGUAGUAUUAAUGUUGCUAAAAGAAACCAUGGGAAAUCAAUCCAAGUUGUCGGAAGAAGUUCCUUCGAAGGAUGGACAGCGUCAUCUCACGACGCUGCUGUUGAAGCGCCGUUUAGUGAAAGAUGAUAUUUGGUAUGUUAUAGAUGCAAAGUGGUAUCGUAAUUUUCAACGAUAUGUGGGGCUUGAUCAAGAUCCUGAAAAUCCCAUAAUGGAAGAAUUUCCAGGUCCUAUUGAUAAUAGUGCAAUUCUGACAGACUAUGGGGAACUCCGAGAACAUCUUUGUGAAGAGAAUGAUUUUGUUCUAGUGCCAGAUGAACUUUGGGUCUUAUUAGUAAAGUGGUAUGGCGUUAUUUACAAUCAGAAACCAAUUGCAAGGAAGGUUGUUGAGUUUGGCACCUUUACUAAAAGCUAUAAAGUUGAGAUCUACCUUUUGAACCUACAGUUUGCCAAAGAUUUUGACUUUGACUUCAUUUUGACGCACAAAUUCAGCAAAUCAGAUACAGUGGCACACAUUAUUGAGUUCAUGAAAAGGGCAUUCAGAAUUCCACCAUCUACACCUGUGAAACUAAUGGCCUGUUUCAAUAGUCAAGACUAUACUGAACUGAAUGAAAACUCCACCGUUAAUGAAGAAGGGUUGUAUGUGAAUCAGAUUCUAGUGCUUGCCACAAAGUUUUCAGCCCAAUACCCCCGAAAGAGCAGCCCACUGCCACCUUUUGCUGAAGCGUCGUGUGCUGAAGCUGAAAAUCCAGUUUCCUCCAGUUCUUCAUCAACAUCACUGAAUAUUGGAGCAGAGGGAGACACACCUGCCUCAUCUGGUUAUUAUGGCUCUGGAACUGUACAGUCAUAUACAAAAGUUUCUGAGUAUGUGAGAACAUUACCACAAAAUUUAUCACCGGCUUCAUCAUCUUCAUCUUCGUCUAGUAUAUGUUUCCCUAAUGCAACGUCAAGUCAGUCAUCGAUGUGGAGUAUGAUGGCAGAGCCGGGUACUUCUUCUGGCUAUACUGCACGAUCUAGGAGCAGCUCAACACUAACAUCUGUCGGACCAUUGUCACAAAGGUCACCGUCGUCAGCUCCGAGCACGAGUUCCAUGACCACCAGGUACAGUGCGAGUGGUUCUGGCUAUAGUCGAAUGAUUCAUCCAUCGCAGCCUGGGAUCUGUGGACUGUCAAAUCUUGGAAAUACAUGUUUCAUGAACUCUGUCAUUCAGUGUAUGAGUAAUUGUCCCCCUAUAACACUGUACUUUUUGAAUGAUGUGUACCAAAAGGAGUUGAAUACAGAUAAUCCACUUGGAAUGAGGGGAGAAAUUGCAGUUGCAUUUGGAGAUUUGAUAAAAACAAUCUGGAGUGGGCAUAAUGCUUACACAGUACCACAUAACUUCAAACACCAGGUAGGAAAAUUUGCUCCACAAUUCUCAGGAUAUCAACAGCAUGACUCCCAAGAGUUGUUAACCUUUUUAUUGGAUGGGUUGCAUGAGGACCUAAAUCGAAUUAGACAGAAGCCAUACAUUGAGCUACGCGAUGCUGAUGGACGUCCAGAUAAAGAAGUUGCAGAAGAGUCGUGGAAAAAUUAUCGUAGACGAAAUGAUUCCAUUAUUGUUGAUGUAUUCCACGGGCUGUUAAAAUCUACUGUUGUCUGCCCAGAAUGUUCGAAGGUUUCAAUAACAUUCGAUCCAUUUUGCUAUUUGUCUCUGCCUCUACCUAUCAGAAGAGAACGGGUAAUUGAGGUUACAUUUGUGCCACAUGAUACUACAAACAAGAUAUGUAAAUACCGAUUAAACAUGAUACGGAAGGGUACUAUACAAACAUUGUUAACUGCAUUCAGUAGUAUGACUAGAAUUAAAACAGAACACUUAAUUGUGGCUGAAAUUCAGAGCCACCAUUUCCAUAAGUUUUACACUGUCAAUGAUCCUUUGGAUAGCAUUGAUGAAAAGGAUGAAAUAUUUAUAUACGAAGUACCAGAUAGGAACAAUUCCAAUUCGAUAAUGAUUCCAGUCUGUAUGUGGGAAUAUAACCCAAAUCAAACAUUUAAUUUUAGUCAGCUAUUUGGAAUUCCUAUAAUUGUGACAUUACCAAAGGAUCAAAUUUCUCAUGCUGUGUUAUAUGAUGCCAUAAUUGAGAAGUUAACUCCUUUCUUGGUAUCACAAAAUGAUAACAGGCUUCAUAGGCUCAGUGUUGACGAGGAGUCAAAUUCAGUAUCAAAUCAGCUGAUAGAACAUCAGAGUGAAGACACUGACAACAUUAACCAACCUUGCAACGGUGAUGCCACUGAAGAUCAGCUAUUCACUCUGUGUGUUGUCAAUCCAGCAACUACAUCUGUUGUGUUUAAAAUACAUGCGGACCUUGUUCCAUUUGAAUUACCAGUUUCAGGGCAUACAGGUGGUCAAUAUAUUGUCACUCAAUGGAAUCAAAAUACCAGACAGCAGUAUUACCAGGAAUAUGAUGUUCAUUCGGUGGACUCAUUUGAGCCGCGCCAUCGACGCAGUAGCACCAAACUGUCUCUCCAGGAUUGUAUAAGCCUCUACACAAUGACUGAGAAGUUAGGAGCAGAUGAUGCAUGGUAUUGCCCAACCUGCAAGAGACACAUGUGUGCAACAAAGAAGUUUGAUCUUUGGAACCUUCCUGAUAUUCUCAUCAUUCAUCUGAAACGUUUUUCAUACAGCAAAUACAGAAGAGAUAAAAUUGAUACACAUGUGGACUUUCCUCUACGGGAACUUGACAUGUCAAGCUAUGUCAUUAAUUCAGAGCAUCCUCCUGCAGUAUAUGACCUAAUUGGUGUAUGUAAUCACUAUGGAGGAAUGGGUGGUGGCCACUAUACUGCAUAUGCAAAGAACAGACUUGAUGAAAAGUGGUAUUGUUUCGAUGACAACAGUGUUACAGAGAUUUCGGAACAGAGUGUUGUGAGCCAUGCAGCCUAUGUUUUAUUUUACAUGAGAGAGGGAUGUGAGAGUAAGUAUAAACAAAAAGUUACCACGACAGACAUCAACAGGGAAACUGACUAGGCAGGGCAUUCAGAAACCAAUGCUAAAUCACCAACUUGUGCCUGUUUAAGUUUGUGCUAGUAAUUUGUAUUACAGAGAUGUCUGAUUAAACUCAUUCUACUGUGAUAAUUAUAUUUACCAGUAUGUAUAUAAGUAUUUAUUCUGUGGGUGGGAGUUGUUUAUCAGUGUUUUCAGUAUUUGUAAAUUAUUAUUCAGUGAGUUGAUUUCUGGCACAAGUCGAAACAGUUAAUGCUAUUUUUUAAUGUACACUCCUUCACUAAGAAAUAUUGUGGGUAUAUCAUCCUUCACAAACCUCUGUUGACAUGUUUGUGUUGAAGUGAAAAAUUUUUGUGUUAAGCAUUGUGAAAUGGGUUUCUGUACACACACCAUAAAGUAGAAUUUUGCCUAGUAAACAGGAGGAAACUGAACUAUGACCAGCUAUUUAUUAGCACUGUCUUUCCAUGAUGAUACCUUGAAAAAAAAAAAAAAAAGAUAAAAAAAAUCAAUUCUUGGUGUAACGCAUUAGAUGUGAAAUUUACUAAUAAUGGAUGUUAAUUAAACAAAAUAAAAAUGUUGGUACACAGAAAUCAAUUCAACACUGCAAUGAUUAGUCCAUUGGUGGUAUUGUCUUUGAGAUUUGACAACAAUUUUUAUGUUGUUGUUGUGUAACUUGUUGUCAGAAAACAUCCUGUGGUUACUGAUUCUCAUCAUCUUGGUGUCAUUUGUUAACACUACAUUUGUGAUAUGAUGUGUGUUGUUAAUUUACUGUGUUAGUGUAAUAUGUAGAUUCUAUUUAUAAAUGUGUUUCUGUGUGUUGUCAUGCUGCCCACGAGAGGCGUAGAUAUUACAGUACUAGAUGAAAUAUUCAUUGUCAAAAACUGUUUUAUUCCAUACUUUCAUUUGUGUUUGCCAGCUUAACUUACAAUUCUGUUUACCUUAGUUUCUGUUUUACUUCAACUGUCUUACAACUGGCACUACCUCUCACUUUUGAACUUAAUAUUCUCCUUGUUGACCAAACUUUGUGAACUUCUGAGAACUUAUACUUUUAUCAUUAUUGUGACACCCAGGUUUGAUUCCUUGGAGUGUACGUUAAUAGGCCUGUACUGUUGAUAGGUAUUCAGAAGCUAAAUUUGUGUACAUUCUAAGUCAUAGUAGUAGCGCUGAAUCAACUCACUUUUCAGAGUUGUGUUUAUGUUCUUAUUACUUAAGCAGUUAUUUUAAACUUAUGCGGAAGUAAGACUUCUUACAAAUUAUAGUUAAAAAUAACUGGGCCUGAUUAUCAGAUUUUCAGAUUUUGUGGCAUUGAAUAUGUGUAUUUUAUAUAAAAAUAUGUGAAGAUGUGUACUUUCUAUAAUUAUCUGGCUGAACCUCUACAAAAUUGGAAGUCCUCAAUAAAUUUUCUUAAGUGUACCUGUUGUGCAUAUAAGCAUUUCAGAGUGUAAUUUAUAAAAAUAAAGUAACAUUGUACUCGUGUA